AUGGCCGACCUGGAGGCGGUGCUCGCCGACGUGAGCUACCUGAUGGCGAUGGAGAAGAGCAAGUCCACCCCGGCGGCCAGGGCGAGCAAGAAGAUCGCGCUGCCCGAGCCGAGCAUCCGCAGUGUUAUGCAGAAAUACUUGGAAGACCGGGGUGAGGUGACCUUUGACAAGAUAUUUUCUCAGAAGAUUGGGUACUUGCUAUUCCGAGACUUCUGCCUAAAUCAGAUGGAGGAGGCCAAGCCACUGGUAGAAUUCUAUGAAGAGAUCAAGAAGUAUGAGAAGCUGGAUUCUGAGGAGGAACGUGCGAUUAAGAGCCGCCAGAUCUUUGACACAUAUAUCAUGAAGGAGCUGCUGUCGUGCUCUCAUCCAUUCUCCAAGACUGCCACAGAGUAUGUGCAGAGCCGCCUCAGCAAGAAGCAAGUACCACCUGAUCUCUUUCAGCCGUACAUUGAAGAGAUUUGUCAGUGCCUGCGUGGGGAUAUCUUCCAGAGAUACUUUGAGAGUGACAAGUUCACACGGUUCUGUCAGUGGAAGAAUGUAGAGCUGAACAUCCAUCUGACCAUGAAUGACUUCAGCGUCCACCGCAUCAUCGGGCGUGGUGGCUUUGGCGAGGUCUACGGCUGCCGGAAAGCAGACACCGGCAAAAUGUAUGCUAUGAAGUGUCUGGAUAAGAAGAGAAUUAAGAUGAAACAGGGGGAGACACUGGCCCUGAAUGAACGCAUCAUGCUGUCGCUUGUCAGCACCGGGGAUUGUCCCUUCAUCGUGUGCAUGUCGUAUGCCUUCCAAACACCUGACAAGCUCAGCUUCAUCCUGGACCUCAUGAAUGGGGGUGACCUACAUUACCACCUGUCCCAGCAUGGGGUCUUCUCUGAGGCUGAGAUGCGUUUCUACGCAGCAGAGAUCAUUCUGGGGCUGGAACAUAUGCACAACCGCUUUGUGGUGUAUCGUGACCUCAAGCCAGCCAAUAUCUUGCUGGAUGAGUUUGGCCAUGUCCGUAUCUCAGACCUGGGUCUUGCCUGUGAUUUCUCCAAGAAGAAACCUCAUGCCAGCGUGGGCACGCAUGGAUACAUGGCACCAGAGGUUCUGCAGAAAGGCGUGGCCUAUGAUAGCAGUGCUGACUGGUUCUCUCUAGGCUGCAUGCUCUUCAAACUACUGAGGGGACACAGUCCCUUUCGGCAACACAAGACUAAAGACAAACAUGAGAUUGACCGCAUGACGCUCACCAUGGCUGUGGAGCUGCCAGACUCCUUUUCACCUGAGCUGCGCUCACUGUUGGAGGGGCUACUUCAGAGAGAUGUCAAUCGUCGCCUGGGUUGUAUGGGCCAUGGGGCAACUGAGGUGAAGGAAAGCCCUUUCUUCCAGGGCCUGGACUGGCAGAUGGUUUUUCUCCAGAAGUACCCACCACCCUUGAUCCCACCACGUGGGGAAGUGAAUGCAGCUGAUGCUUUUGACAUUGGUUCCUUUGACGAAGAGGACACAAAAGGAAUCAAGCUACUGGAUAGUGACCAGGAGCUCUAUCGUAACUUCCCCCUCACCAUUUCGGAGCGCUGGCAGCAGGAGGUGACAGAGACCGUUUUUGACACAGUCAAUGCAGAGACUGACAAGCUCGAAGCCCGCAAAAGAGCAAAGAACAAGCAGCUGGGCCACGAGGAAGAUUAUGCCCUAGGCAAAGACUGCAUCAUGCAUGGCUACAUGUCAAAACUGGGGAACCCUUUCCUUACUCAGUGGCAGAGGAGAUACUUCUACCUCUUCCCAAACCGGUUGGAGUGGCGUGGAGAAGGAGAGUCCCCGCAAUCUUUACUCACCAUGGAAGAGAUCCAGUCAGUAGAGGAGACACAGAUAAAGGAUAGAAAGUGUAUCCUGCUGAAGAUCCGGGGAGGCAAGCAGUUUGUCCUGCAGUGUGACAGUGAUCCUGAGCUGGUGCAGUGGAAGAAGGAGCUGCGCGAUGCCUACCAGGAAGCCCAGCAGCUGCUGCAGAGGGUGCCUAAGAUGAAACACAAGCCACGCUCUCCUGUGGUGGAGCUGAGCAAGGUUCCACUCAUCCAGCGCAGCAGCAGCAGCACCAACGGCCUCUGACCUUCCUCCACUUUCCCUCCCAUCCUUAAUUUAUUUGGCUGGGUUUGUCCACCAUCCCCAUCCUCUCUCCUGUCUCUCUUGCUGAUUGUUGUGAUGUCCACCCCAGCCCUCUGGGGUAUUGUAGUGAGGGGGUGGGGGCAUCCAAAAAAAUUGGGACAAGCUUCUCCAUAUCUCUCGCUUUCCCCAAAGCACAUGGGGAUUUAUACCCAUUUCAAGGGGAAGGAGCCCAGUUGGAAAGGUUGGUACAAGUCAACACAUCCCUCACUAAGGAAGGCUGGGAUUUAAGGCCUUGCAUUUAAAUAGGACCAAUGGAGGAGAAUGUUCU